AAAUAAAAAAAAAAUCAAAGUGGACAAAAACCCGCUGUGUUAGGUUAUAUUAUUAGUUUUUAAAUAAAAUAAUAUAAUAUUUAAAUCAUGACGACCAUCCGACCAUUUACAUGCGAAGAUAUGUUGAAGUUUAAUAACGUGAACUUGGACCCGUUAACCGAAACCUAUGGUUUAUCAUUCUAUACUCAAUACUUGGCUCAUUGGCCAGAGUAUUUCCAAGUGGCAGAAUCACCCAGUGGGGAAAUAAUGGGAUACAUCAUGGGUAAAGCAGAGGGCCUUGGUGAGAACUGGCAUGGACAUGUAACUGCAUUGACUGUCAGCCCCGAUUACAGAAGGCUUGGACUAGCGGCUACUUUGAUGAGUAUUUUAGAAGAUGUGUCAGAAAAAAAAAAGGCAUAUUUUGUAGACUUAUUUGUGAGAGUGAGCAACAAAGUAGCCAUCAACAUGUAUAAGAAUUUGGGAUAUAUUGUGUAUAGGACUGUAUUAGAAUACUACUCUGGGGACCCAGAUGAAGAUGCCUAUGACAUGAGAAAAGCCUGUUCAAGAGAUGUGAAUAAGACUUCUGUUAUACCAUUAGCACAUCCUGUUAGACCUGAAGAUGUGGAUUAAUAGAAAUAAUAAAUAUGCAAAUAAAAUUUACAUCAUAAUUA